UCGUAGGAGUUAUUUACUUUUACUGGCGUGUUUAUGUGUGAAACUGUCUUUGACAAAUGAGAAAUUGAAUUGUGUUAGAAAACAAAUUAUAUUUCAGGAAUAUACAAUAAAAAUGAGUAAAUAUUGCUUGUCAAUUUUCAGCAAUUGAUGCGUUUGCGGAAAAAAACCUAAAGAAAAUUUCAUUGAACUGGUGGUCUUUAAAAAAUGGCGAUGUUUGAAUCAAUUUUUACCAGAAACAAUUACAGAAUAUGAAUAUUUUCUCAAUGAAGAAAUGCGCCAUGUGCUGUUCAUGAAGUACCUUUAUCCGAAAACCAGUGUCUAACAUGGCUUUUGUCAACUAUAAUUCAACUACAGUAGACCCUAAAAUUUCAGUGCACACUUGAAAAUGUCCCGAGGUUAUGGGAAAUAUCGCCGAGGUGGUGGAUCUCACCCUAGUUUCCAUUUUGAUAGUUUAUUCAAGGAAAAUAGCAACAGACCUUCAGCUGCUCGAUCUGCAGCAACUGUAGGGAAAUGGGGAAUAACCUCAUUUACGUCCAUUCGUACUUUGAACGGUUUGUCCCGUUCUGAAAAUGAUUCUUCAGCUCCUGUGACUGAUGCAGCUCCAAAACCAAAAAAAUUUUUCAAAAGCCGAAACACUGACCCACCUGAUUUGAGUCCAUCAUAUUCCAGGUCUCCCCCAAGUUAUACACCUCCUAAAAAAUCCAAGAUAACUUAUGAGCCCAGUGAUAGGACUACAAGAGCCUCUUCACCUCGUAAGUUUUUCUCGUCCAAAAGCACCACUUCAGAGAAGACUGUUCUAAGUUCAAAUGUAAAUAAGAGUAAGAAUAAUGAACCUCCAAAACCACCAAUAGUAUUAAGAAUAUGUAGAGGAAAAUCACAGUUGUUAAAUGAUUCUGAUGAAUCUGAAAGUACACCUACACCUUCUAGCACACCUUCGACCUCAAAUACAACCUCCCCCAGAGCUUUAAGAGAUACUUCUAGGCCGUCAAAUUGUAGAAUCACGAGAUCAGCCAGGCGUAGUAUGCAGCAGGAUCCAAGUAGCUCACCAGCUACUGCAGAUACGCCCGCAGAAUUUUCAUUAUUUACUAGCCCGAGAGAAGAAAGUAAUUUAUCGCCACAAUAUAUUCCUGCUGAGAAAUAUGAGUUAGAGCGGAAGGCAAUGUACGAUAACUUAUUGAGGCCGAGUUCUCCCAAAGAUGAGAAUAUUGUGGAACCAAAUUUAGAAAUUAGUGAAAAUAUCAUUUCCAAGGAACAAUCUAGUGAGGAAUUACCAAAAGAAGAGGUGAAAGAGGAAAUGAAGAUUGAAAGUAAACAGGAGGAAAGUGAAGAGAAGGAAGUGGACAUGGAGAUUGAGCCGAUUCCAGCACCAUCUGAAACCAUUCCAGAAGAUCCAGUUCCUGAAGAGGAAGAGGGAAUAGAAGAGCAGGCAGAUGAGGAAAAUGAAGUAGAAGAGCCUAGCAUGCCCAGUCCGCAAGUGGAACCUGAAAGAGAAACAGAACUUCCUCGAAACCCCACAAUAGAUGAAGAGUGGUCCACAGACACUGAUUCCAAUAGCACAACUCUCGAGUUAGAAGUGAAACAGAUACUUCCCGAUCCAAGUUACACUGUAAACCAAAUAUCGGAACAUAAAGAUGAAAUUAUGGAUAAAAUAUUAGAAAAGCCUCCUGAGCAAGCCCCUCCUGUAAAACUGGUCAUCUCUAAGAAAAAGGGAAGCAUUUUCAAAAGUCGAACACUAGUUGAUGACAGUGGAAGUAAGAAACGUAGAGCUUUAUACAAGCAUAAAUGGACUGAUGAUAAUAAGGAUGAUGCCAAGGAACCGAGUAAAGCUAAUGAGGAGGGUGAUACCUCGAUAAAUAAAUCCCCAAAUACGAAUGAUGACGGAUUUGUUUUCAAAGAUGAUCCUUUAGAAAGAGUAACAAAUGAAGUUGAUGAGCAAGAAAUAACAAGUGUUAAAUGUAGCAAGUCUGAUAAAGGGUAUUAUACUGUUGUGAGGAAUGUCAAAAAAGCACAUCAAAUUCAAGAAAUUGGAGAAUUUCAAGAAUUUAAUGACGAUGUUGAAUAUAUUCUUGAUGCUUUGCAAAGUAGUAAUCCUAUCAGCACCAGGUGUUUAUCUGCAAUAACUCUGGCGUCCAAGUGUAUGGUUCCAGCAUUCAGAAUGCACGUGAGGGCACAUGGUACGGUUGCCAAAUUUUUUAAAGCAUUACAUGAUGCCACCAAAGAUCAGAGUUUGGGCUUAUGCACGGCUACAGUUAUGUUUGUGCUAAGUCAGGAUAGGCUAAAUAUGGAUCUCGAUAGGGACUGCUUGGAGUUAAUGUUGAACCUUCUGGAAUCUGAUGUCAGUUACCAGCAGGCAUUAGAUGUAUGUGGUUUGAGUUCAGCACAACUCGAGAAAAACAAACAGAAAGUUCGAGAGUUAUGUGCGGAAAUACAAAGUCAAGGACAUGCUCUACACCUCAACCUGGAAUCCAUAACUGUUGGUCAACUUGCCAUGGAAACGUUACUAAGUUUAACUUCCAAAAGGGCUGGUGAAUGGUUUAAGGAGGAACUGAGAGAACUUGGUGGGUUAGAACAUAUCAUGAAAACAAUCCACGAGUGUUGCCGACAAGUUUCUGAUUACGUAGUUACUUGGACAGACACUCUUCUUGAUAAACUGAGAAAAGUUGACAGGUGUUUGAGAGUCUUGGAAAAUGUAACUCACAACAAUGAAGAAAACCAAAACUAUAUUUUGAAAUAUAAUGAGGGGGUCACAUUGGACACCUUGGUAAAUCUCUAUAAACUUUGUGAUGGUGAAAUUCCACUGUAUCCCAUAACAGAUAUCACAGAUAAAACCUCCACAGGUACUAUAAUAAGAGAAGCACUCUUGGUCACUUUGAAGGUUCUUAUCAACCUUACACAUCACUUCAAUAAGCAAUCUAUCGGCAGUCAGUUAAUUGGUUCGAGGCCAGGAAUAAUAGAAACAAGUCUUCAUUUGUUACUUCAAGUACCAAACUACAUACCCGAACAGAAAAAGUUUGAAUUGGGAGUACUGGUACUGAUGUUGCUGAUAAAUCUCAUUCAAGAUCAAGAAGCCAAUAAAAAACUCUUAACAGAAGCUAAAGCACCCUCUAAACUUGAAAGCAUAUAUUCUCGAGAAGAGAGUGCUGUGGAGGCCUUAAUUGCACAAUUCUAUCAUUGGGAGGGAUGUGCUAAGGUAGCCGAGAGUAAAACAAAUGCUAUCCUAGAUGGUGAGAAGGAUGGCGAAGAUACUCCGACUCCUAAAUCGAAUGAAGAAUUUAUUGAAGAGACUGUUGCAAAGUUGUUGCAAAAAGCUGGUACCCAUAUGGAAUUUACUUUCCUGGCUUCGUACAUAGUUAUGUUAAUAGGCUUUCUCAUAAUGGAAAAUCCAGAAAGGCAAGUUUUUGUGAGGCAAUUUCUGAAGGGCGGCAACUUCAGUGAUAUGGUCGAGCUGCUCAAGAAAUUCUUCAAUUUUAUGAACUUAACUGCAUCGACUGAGGCCUCUAGUGUUUGUGCUAUUAAAGCCACAGAAAAAGUUAUCAAAUUCUUGGAAGAAUGUGAUAAACCUCCCCAAGCUGUGUCUCCGGAGAAACCUGUUGCCUUUUAUGAAAAUAUGGGAAUGGAUUUAAGCUAUAGGUUGACACCAUAAAAGAUUUUAUAUCAUAUUUCAUCUGAAAUGAAAUAUUUCAAGAAAACCAUAGUCAAAAAGGUAGGUCUUCUACAUCCAGUAGAUUAUACAAGAGAGACUAUAUAUACCUAAAUUUUAUUUUUUAUGUUUAUAUCACUAAGAUAUUUUGUUUGAGAAAUUCUCUGAAAUAUUAUCAGUGAACAUCAUCUCAAUAUAUUAUUUUCCUACAAAUAUCUUGGAGACAAAUCUCUAAAUUGUUUAUGUUUUCAUGUACAUGUAAAAAGAAUUUUGCACAAUUUGUGUUCGAAUCUGUUUUCAGCAACAUUACAGUAAAUUGUAUUAUGAUAUGAAAAAUAGGUAUUUUAAAAAAAUGAUCUAUCCAGAGAACUUUUCUGAAAAUCAUUACUAAAUUUGUGAGAGACUGAUCCCCUAUAACCGUUCCAAUUUCAACAUUCGAGCAAUAUUUUUUAAAUUUGUAAAUUUCCACAUUUGAGCAAUUUUUUCCAAAUUUUGUAAAAGUUAAUAAAGCCCCUUUGAAAUAUUGAAGUAACUUGAAUGUUAUAUGUUACUGAUUUUCAUCAAGUAUCGGCCAAUUUCAUCACAUAUCUCUAUAAAAUAGUCUCCUAAAUAUGCCACCUUGUAAUCUUUUUAAUUAAUUGGCACAUGAUUAUUUCAUUUUGUUUUUGGAAUAUUUAUGGCAAAUAAUUGAUUGAGAUACCCACUACAUAUUAUUUGGUAUGGCGUUUAAAUAUAUUGUGACACAGGUGUUUUAUUAUUUAUGUUUUCAUGUCGUUAAUUUCUGUAAAUAAUUUUAUAUUUAGUUUUAUUGUAAUGUUUCUUAUUUAUUAUAAAUAAACUUACAGAUUUGUUCCAAGGAUUGUUUAAAGAUGUAAAUAUAUAUAAUUACGAUUUUUAAU